AUGAAUGCUCUUCGGACUAUCUGUCAAAGCUCUACGGAAGACUGGGCUGCUCUUAGACCAGGAGCGUCCGACGAAGCCAAAGAGAACCGCACUCAGCUCGCGCAAUUCUAUAUAAAACUUCGUCGUCUCACCUCAUUUCAUUAUAGCUUUAAAACGCAUCUCCAUUGA